ACAGCAGACGGCGCUAUCGUCGCCAACAUGGCCACGUGCUAGACGUGUUUACGCGAACUGCGUCAUCUUUCGUAUUUUUCUUGCUCGUAUACCAAAGUGUUAGCCACAAGAUUACGGUGCCGAGUAUCGUCAUGUCAUGUGUGUGUGGUGACUGACAGUCAUUAACGUGCUCCUCGUGGGCAUGGCGAGUGCGGAUGCGCCUGUACGAAGGUGCACCUGCGACGUCAGGAAUUUGGCUACCUGUUCUACUGUCAAUCAGGAUAUACCCACGAGUAGAGUCGUAAGAAAUUACAGACCACAUGGAAGCCUUGCCAGGCUACUUUACGACAAACAAAAGGCAGACGAACAGCUUGAAGCAUACGACAAGACUCAGUGGUACAAAGUAGACAAAACGAAGAUCCGGGAAGAUUUGCUCCGUUUAUGGAUUCCUCUUGGUGCAGGGCUCUACCAUGAUCAACCUGAUAAAACCGCCGAAAUCUUCCUAAUGAAAUCCAUUGAGAGGUCGGAUUCCUUACCAUUGCAAGCCUGGCAUUCUUUAGCAAGAUCUGCUUUAUCGUGGUUCAUCAGCCGCACUUCUAUAAAUGGGUUACUUGGUCGUGGUUCCAUGCAUGUCUUUUCUUGCGAACAAUUUCAAAAAUUGAUGGUGGCAAGCGGCUUUUUAGGGCCAUGGCAUUCGUUGGUGGAUUUAGGGGCAGGCGACGGUGCCACCACUGCUCAUGUAGCUCACCUCUUCGAAAAAGUUUAUGCUACAGACAUAUCAGCACCGAUGAGAUGGGCUCUGGCAAAAAGGAAGUUCACGGUGCUCGAUGUAGAAAAAUGGUACGAAAAUAGUCCCUUCAAUGUGAUUCUCUGUCUGAACUUAUUGGAUCGUUGCGAUCGACCUAACACUCUACUUCGCCGCCUAAAGUCAUCUUUAGCUCCAGGUGGUCGUUUGGUCGUAGCUUUAGUUCUUCCAUUCAGCCCUUACGUAGAAGUUGGUGAAAGAGGUGACCACAAACCGUCAGAAUAUUUGCCAGUAAAAGGGAACGGUCUAGAAGGUCAAAUAGCUAGUCUCGUCGACAGAGUUUUCGCACCAUUAAGUCUAAGAUGUCUGGCAUGGAGCAAACUGCCUUACCUCUGCGAAGGAGAUCUCGGUCAAGCAUAUUAUUUUCUUGACGACGUCGUAUUUGUUCUAGAAGCACAGCCAGAUAACUCACGAUACUCUACUUCUGAAUGGAUGGAUACAGAAUUAUCUGGAAGAAAAUGCUGUAAUAUAUUCGAACAACAGAGUGGUAAUGAACGAAACACAGCUUGAAACAGGAAUAUGUGGAGGUGGCAGAAAACUUCUUAACGACUGUACAAGCUGUAUUGUAUCAACCAAUGCUGUAACAAAAUUAAUCCAAAACAUGUACAUUUCUAUUUCGUUAAUGGAAGAAAAUUGGCAAAAGAUAUAUAAAAUAAUCACAAAAGCAGUAUUUGAUAUCUGAUAAUAUUACUCAUUAAUAUGAUAUAAAAUAUAAUUAAUUUAUAACAAAAAUUUAUUUGUAAACCUAACAGAAAUAUUACAUUAAAAGAGAAAUAUUAAAAUAGAUUAUAGAUAAUAUA